UCCCUCCGAAAGUUCGCCGCCUUCGUGGGCCCGGGAUUCCUCAUGUGCAUAGCGUACGUGGACCCCGGAAACUUCGAGAGCAACCUGCAGGCCGGCUGCCAGUUCGGGUACAGCCUGUUGUGGGUCCUGUUGUGGGCGACGCUGAUGGGUCUUUACAUUCAGGCUCUCAGCGUGCGCCUGGGUCUCGCCACCGGGUGGCACCUGGCUCGAGUCAUGAGGGACGAGUACCCAACCCCGGCGAGGUACUCACUCUGGAUCGUCACUGAGCUCGCCAUCAUCGCGUCGGACGUCCCCGAGGUGAUCGGGACGGCGUUGGCCCUAAAACUGAUCUUCGGCCUUCCAACGGUGUGGGGCGUGCUGGUCACGUCCGCGUCUACGCUGCUGUUUCUCGCGCUGCAGCAGUUUGGCGUCCGCAAACUGGAGGCUUUCAUGGGCUCGCUCGUUGGGGUCAUGUCCGUUUGUUUCGUGGCUCAGAUGGGGAUGCUGGAAGGCGGGGACGGCGGCGAGGUGAUAAAAGGUAUCGUGGUCCCCAUAUUCCAGAACGGGAAGGCGUUGUUCAUCGGCAUUUCCAUCAUCGGAGCGGUGGUGAUGCCGCACAACCUUUUCCUCCACUCGGCGCUCGUGCUGUCGCGAUCGUUUGAGCUCGGUGAGAGGUCGGUUCGACGCGCGCUCAAGUACAACGUCGCGGAGUCCGCGCUGGCUCUGGCCGUUACGCUGGUCAUAAACUUUGCGGUGACCAUUGUCGCGGCGCAGUCCAUCAGGGACGCCGACUUUGACGACCCCACCGGCGAGAAAAGGCAGGGCAUCAUCGACAGGCCGCUUCAGAACGCGCCAGACAUGCUGAAGGACGUGCUGGGCAAGUCCGCCAAGGGCCUAUUCGCCGCGGCGUUGCUGGCUUCCGGUCAGAGCAGCACCAUCACGGGCACGUACGCCGGUCAGUUCGUCAUGGAGGGUUUCCUGGAGAUCAAGAUAAACCCGGUUCUUCGCGCGUUUCUGACCCGGACGUGCGCCAUCUUGCCGUCGCUGCUGGUCACGAUCAUCGCGGGCGACGAAUACGCGGAAUUCCUCAUCGUCAUCAGCUCAGUCUUCCUGAGCUUCCAACUGCCGUUCGCGUUGAUCCCUCUGGUUAAGUUUUGCGGGUCGGAGAAGAUAGUAGGAGCCAUGGCGAUCGAUCCCAGGGCGCUUCAGAGGACGUGGGUGAUCGUCUCCGCGAUUGUGUUCGCUAACAUCGUGCUGCUG